AUGGCUCAGCAAGAAGCAAUCGCCACUAAUCCCCGCCGCAUCAAAAUCAUAGCCGGAGCUGACGCAUUCGGCUGCAAUUUGAAAGACUCUCUUGUAACACACUUGCGUUCUCUCAACAUCGAAGUGGAAGACCUCGGAACUGAUAAGUACUAUUCUGUCGGCGAAGAAAUAGGACGCCAUGUCAGCCUGGGAAACACCGAUGACUCGGUCGAGAUCCGUGGUCUAGUAGCUUGUGGCACCGGUGUGGGUGUUGGCAUCUUCGCUAACAAGUUACCAGGAGUAUACGCCGCUACUUGCCUCACCCCUGCUGACGCCCUCAAUGCCCGGUCCAUCAAUAAUUGUAAUGUUCUAGCUGUGUCUGGUAUGUCUACUGCCCCUGAAGUUGCUUUAGAUAUUCUGAACACUUUCCUCAACACCCCUUUUAAGGCUCCUUGCCCCGCUUCCGGCUCCAAUCCAUGGCCGGAAGAUAUUCAGUCCUUCUUGGACACUUCUGUUCAAGAAAUGGCCGAAAUUGGGAAAACUAAAACUGGGAGCAAUACUGAUGGUAUUGCUGAUCCUCCGUGUUUUAUUUGCUCCCUGGCGAAAAGCAGGAAUCAAAAGGAGUUUACGCCGGUUGAAAUAAUGCCUGGUGCGUCCAUGAAAAUUUUGAGGGAAACUCCUACAUCGGCCGUAGUUAGGUUUAAGGCCGGCAGCCUGGAACCUGCCCAUCACCAUACUUUUGGGCAUGAUUUGGUGGUUAUAAGUGGGAGUAAAUGUGUGUGGAACUUGACGAAAGGCGAGAAAUAUGAAUUAGGGGUGGGGGAUUACUUGUUUACUCCAGCAGGAGAUGUGCACAGAGUGAAGUAUUUUGAGGAUACUGAGUUCUUUAUUAAGUGGGAUGGACAUUGGGAUUUGUUCUUGGAUGAGGAUCUUGAUGCUGCCAAUGCUGCUAUAGAGAAAGAGAAACAGAAGUAA